UUCGAAAAAUGUCAGCAAUGUUAACUGCCGAUUGGUCUCCUCUGGGACGGGAUGUGUUUUUUAGAAAAUUCGAACUAUAUCCCCUAUCGUUUCAACAAGAGGUUUCGAAUAGUAAUCUGUUAGUGGCAGCUCCUUAUGGAGGUUCAAUUGCGAUAACCAGAAAUCCUAAGAAGUUUGUUAAAGUUCAGGGAUCGAAUAAACUUAUAAUAUACUUAUACACAUCUGCUGGAAAACUAACUGCUACAUUACAGUGGAGUGGGGGACAGUUGGUUGCUUUAGGAUGGUCUCAACAAGAAGAACUGUUAUGCGUGCAAGAGGAUGGAAUGAUUCACAUAUACGAUAUGUUUGGCACAUAUCAGCACGCAUUUACUAUGGGAAAUGAGGUGAAGGAUACGAAAGUUAAGGAAGCAAAAUUCUUUGUCACUUCCAGUGGAACAGGUAUCGCGGUUCUAACAUCUACCAAUCAUAUAUUCUUAGUAAAUAACACAGCCGAACCAAAAGUUAGACAAAUAUCCGAAGUACCGAGAUACAGGGGAGCAAUAGAUUGCUGGUGUUUGGUGCACUUCGAUAGGGAGACACGAAUCUUUUUAUCCAACAGAGAUGGAAUAUUCAUAGUACAUCAGACACAUCAGACUGCGACGCACAUACCAUUUGAUACUCUAUUCACGAGGCAUGCCAAAGUAUCCAGCGUAAUAGCCAUGGCUGUGUCAGGAAAUAACCGUCAUAUUGCUCUCUACUCGGACACUGGUCAUUUAUACAUAGGUUCCAUAGAUUUCAAGGACAAGUAUUGCGAACAUAAUGCUAACACGAAUGAAACGUUAUCGGACAUUGCAUGGUGUGGAACAGAAGCUGUGGUCUGCAGUUGGAGCAGUACCGUGAUGGUAGUAGGACGAACAGCCGAAACGAUAGUGUACAGUUACGACGGUCCGGUACAUCUUGUUACAGAGAUCGAUGGUACACGGGUGUUAUCCAGCUCCUCCCAUGAACUGAUACAGAAAGUACCAACCGUUGUUCAAAGAAUAUUUCAAAUUAAUUCCAUCGAUCCUGCGUCCUAUCUUUUGGAGGCUUCUAAGCAAUUUAAGAAAAGGAGCGACAAGGCCGAUAGUUAUAUAGAUUUGGUGAAACCUAACUUAGACGCAGCGAUAAAAGCUUGCAUCGACGGAGCUAGUCAUGAAUUCGACUUCAAGACGCAAAAACUUCUGAUGACAGCAGCAAAAUUUGGGAAGGGAUUUAGUAAGACGAUUAAUCCAGAAUAUUACAUCGACAUGUGUCGAACGCUUCGGGUUCUGAAUGCUGUGAGACAUCCUGCCAUUGGAAUUCCAAUAACGUACACACAAUAUACUGUUUUAACAAGUCAGGUAUUACUGGAUAGACUUGUUGCGAGAAGACAUUACUAUUUGAGUAUACAAAUAGCACGGCAUCUCCAACUGCCGGAAGUUGAUGGGGAGAGCCGAAUACUAGCUCAUUGGGCUUGCUACAAAGUGAAGCAAACUCAAUUGGACAAGGAACAGAUAGCCGAAGAAAUAGCCGAUAAAUUAGGAUACGCACCUGGUGUUUCGUACAGCGAAAUCGCGAAAAGAGCAGCCGACUGUGGACGAAAACAGCUAGCUAUUAAACUGAUUGAUUAUGAGCCUCGCGCGCACCAACAAGUAUUGCUUCUAUUAACGCUCGGCGAAGAACAGGCUGCUUUGCGUAAAGCUGUCGAAAGUGGCAAUACCGAUUUAGUUUAUACGGUAAUACUACAUCUUAGGGAGAACAUGACCCUCAGUAACUUUCAGAUGGCUAUAAAGCACUGUCCCUUAGCGAUGUCGCUAUACAUUAAAUAUUGCCAGAAUCACAAUCGAGAAACUCUUCGGGAUAUUUAUAAUCAGUACGAUCAUUUUCAUGCACAAGCGAUAUGGUUUAUUACGGAAAGUUAUCAAGAAAAGAAUAUAAUGUCGAGGGAGGCGUUAUUACAGUCUGCGCAGGAGAAUUUCAAAUUUGCCCGCAGCGAUACAAACGCGGCUUUAACAGAAGAACAAAUAAAACUGUUACGCCAUCAAAGAUCUCUAGAAGAUACGUUGCACGAAUCGAUCGUUGGAAAAUCGCUUCACGACACUGUGAAGAUACUGUUGUUGCAGAAAGAACAGAAAUUAGCAGAUAAACUGAAGUCGGAGUAUCGAAUAUCAGAUCGAAGAUAUUGGUGGUUGCGUAUACAAUGUUUAGCGGAGCUAGAUAUGUGGGAUGAAUUAGAAAAGUUGUCCAAAAGUAAGAAAUCUCCCAUCGGUUACGAGCCGUUCAUAGAUCAGUGUUUAAAGUAUAACAAGGAGAAAGAAGCGAAAAAGUAUUUGCCUAAAGUAAAAGAUCAACUGCGGGUGAAAUACCUGGUGAAGUUAAGAAUGUUAAACGAUGCAGUUCAGAUAGCGAUUGAACAGAAAGAUGAAUCCGCGCUAAAUUUUGUGUUAAUGCAUUGCGACCCAUCGGAGAGAUUAUUGCUUGAUGCGUUCAUGUCAAGUAUUAAAAAUUAACAUCCUGCCAUUAGUAAAAUGGUUUUUCCAUUGCAUCCACUCAUUAUUCUCUGUGUCUAGCUAAAUAAAGAUAUAAUGCCGUAAAUUAUAAUGAUAAAAUA